UGCGAGGUAACUACAAAGCGACGAAGAAGCAGCAGCGGCUCAGGAUCAUCAGCACACUCACAUGGUUCAGGAAAAUAAGCAGCAGUGAAGAGAAUAAUUUUAUUAAAACCGACAGAAAUGUUUUAAACUCCUCUUCUGGGGUUUGUUUUUCCGCGCGCCGUAGUUUGUACCGGUCUCGUGCGUGUUGUUGGUGAUGUUUCCGCGCGCUCCUGCUCGGUUUGUCCUUCAGAGUGUGUGUGAUUGGGUCAGGACUCGGAGCUUCUCCCUGACCGCCUGCAGGAGCUGGGGGGUCGAGGUGACACGGUGUUUGUGAAGAAGUCUGUGGGCAGAAACAAACUCCUGGCUGAAGGUCUGGCUGUUUAUCCUUCAGCUGAGAACAAGGAGAUGUUCACUGAGGAGAGACGCGUUCUGCGUGAGGGAAAGAAAGAGGACAGAAUCCAGACCAGGACAGGACAGCUUACGGUGGAGUUCCUGAAGACGUCCACUCUGGAGGUGGAGAUCCAGCCGGCCGUGCAGCACAACUUCCUCCUGACCAGGGAGAUCAUCUGCAGACAGUUUCUGAGAAAACUGGGCGUGGUCGUCCCCCCUCAUGCUCUGACAUUACCGGAUGAGCCGAUCACACAGUUUGGAGAUUUCUGGUGUGACGUCACGGUGAAUGGCUUGGACACGGUGCGAGUUCCUCUGUCUGUAGGACUGUACGUGGAAGCGAGGAAGAAGAAACUGAUGAAACUGGAAGCAGAAGCCACGGAGAACAAACCAGAAUCAGAGUCGGAAUAAGGAUCCCAGUCCAGCUUUGACCUUUGACCCCAUUUCAAUAAAAUAUUCAAAGUUAAAACA